ACACAGUCAGUUUGUUUCCAACAUCGCAAUAACAACAAUCAGUCUCCGAUCCGUGAAAGUAUAGAAGUGGAAGGUCAAUGCAAGUGGUCCUUAGUUCCGUUUGUGCCUCAUCCUGCCGUGUAAUAACCGUGCUGUGCUGUUUCGACAAUAUAUUGAAUUGAUAUAGAACUCCGCUUAUGCGUGGCGUGUGAAAAUCAACUAGACAACGGGACAAAGCUGACGGACGGAAGGACGGCGGAGCCGUGUCUUUGUGUUGUGGAAUUUCGCCUUGCGGACGACGACGACGGCUAGUCCGCUGGCUGGGAGGGUGUCUGUUAAAAUUCCAGAACUUGCUGCAUCAGCAGCGGUAAUUGGAUUAUACGGUUCUUCGGAUUAAAGGAAAAUUGUGAGUGAAAUUUGCUGCUUUCAGUGGGUGAGGUUUUGUGCGAAUUGAAAUUAGGAAAAAAAACGAAAGUGUGUUCCGCCUCGCCUCCGAGCCGAGGAACGACGGAAGAAUCGCGUGAGUGCGCUGUGUUUUUCAGGUGCUCUCAACUCGACCAACGGGACUGACGUUUUUCGAUUACAUUAGCAGGUAGUAAUACUGCUCUCGCUCGUCGUGGCAGAGUGGUGGCAUUAUGUAAAUUUAUCCAUCCCAUAAAUCGCAGUCGGUCCGAGUGAAGUCGCGCUGUUGAACCCUCAUCCGUGUGCUGUGCCUGUGGUGUGGUGAUAUUGGAGAUUGGAGCAAUUGUCUGACCGCUGCUGUAAAAGCCCCGCUGGGUACGGGUUAGCCACCAGAGUUUGGCUGUCGAUCAGCAGCAGUAUGCGUCCGUCCCCGUCACUAUGAUAGCAGCUGGGAGGACGAGACGAGUUGGACAGAAAAUGUCCAAACAGCAGGGCAAAUAUGAGCUACUUAAGGAGGAUACUAGUUUAAGGAAAAAACACACCUACAUUCAGGGAUGCCUUCUGCUGGCCUUAGCCGCACUGUCCAGUGUGGCAGUGUACGCGACCUGGACGAUGAUCUACCGCCAGAAUCUAAUCAUUCCACCGACACUAAUCGACAUUCCAGCCCAAUGGCCCGACCGACUCCGCCAGUAUGCGGCAAGCUACCGGACAUUCCCUGCUUCUUCGCUGCCGGCGGCAGCAGAACAAGACGACAACGACGACGGCGGCACGCUAUCGCUGAUUUCCCGCACGCAAUCAGGAUCAGCACCGCCGGCCCCGAAUGACACCGCAGACGACGGUCUGCCCACCGUGGCAUCGGGCAUCAAGGAGCUGGAGAACGAGCGCAUUCUGCCAUCGAAAUUCGGUAAUUUCAUUUACUCGAAGGAAGCCUCCAAGGCGGCGGGUGGCGUGAAGGAGGUUCGCAAGAUUGUCUGCUACUAUACGACACCCCCGAUGAACCCCACCAGCGGCAGCAGAAGCAGAAGCAACAUUCGAAGCAGUCUCUAUCCGGAGCACAUCGACCCGUAUCUGUGCACACACCUGAACGUCGGUGUGGUGGAAAUUGUCAACGGAACGUUGUACAUCAACGACGAUCUACGGGUGGUGUUCAACCAAACCAAACAGCUGAAGCGAGCAAACCGGGAGCUGCGGAUCUUGCUUUGGGUUGGUGGCGGUGGAGUUGGGGGCUUCUCGGAGAUGGUGCUCAAUCACGCCAGCCGGAAGCUGUUCAUCCAAUCGCUGAAGGCUACCCUCGAGCUGUACCAGCUGGACGGGGUCGACCUGGACUGGGAGUUUCCCGGUAGCGGGGGCAAAAAUCGAAUGCAUUUUUCGCAGCUGCUGCACGAGAUCCGCCGGGAGUACCAGCGGGAACAUCGCACCUACAUACUGAGUGUGGCCGUCGCGGCACCGCCCACGAUUGCUUACAUGUCGUACGACGUGCGGGAGAUCAACAGCUAUGCCGAUUAUGUUAACAUUAUGACGUACGAUUAUCACUUCUACGCUGCGGAGACGCCGUGGACUGGUCUCAACGCGCCUUUGUACCGUCGGCAUGACGAACACUCGAUCUUCGGUACGCUGAACAUCAAUUCUUCCGUCCACUACUGGCUGUCGGCCGGUUUGGAGAAAAGCAAAAUCGUGAUCGGACUGCCAACGUACGGGCACACCUUUCAGCUGGUCAGUGGGUUCAACGCGCGGAUCGGAGCCCCGGCGUCCAGCUACGGCCGGGUCGGCAUGAUCGGGUACGCUUCGUACUCGGAGAUCUGCUGGUUCCGGCGGCACAACAUCUACGUCCAUCAGGUGUACGACGUCGAGAGCUGUUCGCCGUAUCUGUACGCCGGCCGGGAAUGGAUUUCCUACGAGGACGAACGCAGCCUGGAGUGCAAGGCGAACUACAUCAAGGAGAACGGCUUCGGCGGGGCGAUGAUAUUCUCGCUGAACACCGACGAUUUCGGCGAAUAUUGUGCCGACAAUUUGCUGUACGACGAGGAGGGUAAUUUUGCCGGCGAAGGCGGUCGACGCCAGCCGACGGCGACGACAGAGCAGAGCAAUUUUCCGCUGCUGCGAAAGAUUCAUUCCGUGCUGGUUGAUACCAAGAAUUAGAGUGUGAGUAGAUUGUGCUAAUCGAUAAUAAAAAUACAAUACGACUUAUAAGGGUUAAGUGAAGGACGGUGAUAUGCGAAUAUUUCGCAGAAUUACAAGGGAUACGAUGACGAUGAGAGCGGGUUUUUUUAGAUUGUCAUAACUGUCAUUCGAUCGAUAUUAUCCCCCAAAAGCGGGGGGCUUUAAAUGGAUAUUAUUAGCGGAAGAGAGCAGAGGGAAACAGUAUAAUAACUUUUUGUAGAACGGUAUCUAGUCAAGUCGCUGGAUUCGGUGCGAUUUCAUGUAGGUUUGAAUUUGUAACUUUAAUACGGAGACGUAUUAAAGUUUUAGCAAUUAGACAAGAAUCUGAGUUUGGUCACGACAAUUUGGACCUGCAUCUGUUGUUCAUAAUUAACAGUUGUCUUCCAUUAAUGCGAAUUAAUGUUAAUUUAGUUAGUAAAAGGGGUUUAAUUGCUUUUAUUGCAAAUUGUUCUUGGUAUAAUUUCUUUUGCGGUUUCUUAUUUUUUAAAUUAUUCAUUAUUUAAAUUUAUAUUUAAACCAAGCUUCCGAGCAAAGAAUGUAAAAAAAAUUGAAAAAGAAAAAACUUUCCGUGCAGCUUUUUAGCGUCGGACAACCAAGCGUUUGAGAACUAGCGGUAAAAAUUUCAAAGAUUUAUUUUUAUACUACACUUUUAAACGACAAACACCGACAACAAAUGCUGUGCUUACGACUGUGUACAAUUCAGCCGCUUCGGACAUUUAUUUUGAUAGCAACUUUGUUGCACCGCAACAAACAAAUCAACCAGAAGGCAAAACACUCGAACCCCGUCCAUCCCCUGACCUGAGCAAGCAGACAGGGAUAGAAAUAAAAAACUAAAAAGAGGGAACCCGAAUAAACUAUUUCAUUGUGUAGAAGAUGAUUAAAACACUACUAGUGCCAAAAGAAACCGUAAACCGAGCAGAAUUAAACUACCCAAGUUACAUACCCACAUAAAUAAGUGAACAGAAUACAAAAUGCAAUUAUGAAAACUUACUACACCAGAACACACACACACAUACAUACACACACAAUAACGAUAUAUGAUAGUACAGAUCUAGUUCUAGAUAGAGAAACUUCAAAGCGGAAGUAAGUUACAAGAAAAAAAAAACAGGUAAAAUAACCGUGCGCUAUGUUGCGAAAACGAACAACAACCAUAGGAAAAGCUGCUGCAAGUGUUGCAACAUUAUAAUAAUUUCUGCUAAAAAUAAUUUUGGUAUGAAUUAAAAAA